GCUGUUAGCAAAUGCGUGUUACUGCUCUUAGCGGAGAUGAGGCUUCCAGUUAACGUAUGGAUGGUCCCGGGCUUACGGUGGUUUGAUUUUUGAUUUUGCUACUUUAUGGUGGUACCCAUACAGCCAUUCUGUUUUUCACUUCAGUGCCGUUUUCAAUAUAUUACAGGAGAUACCCAACAUUUUAUUUAAAAAUAGGAUUUGUGUUAGAUGACUUUGCCCAGUUGUAGGAACGUGCAAGUGUUCUGACCAUGUUGAAGCUGGGCCAUGCUAAGCUCUGAUGUUCAGUAGGUUAAGGGUAUUAAAUGCAUUUGAACUUAUGACAUUUUCAACUUAAACAGGAUAGAGUCCCAUCAUAGGUCAAAGAGCAUCUGUAUUGAUUUUCACUUACUCGUUUGAGUCUUAUACCACCAUACCCAUUACCUUGGGCCUUGGCAGUAUUCGGAGGCAAAGUGGCCCAUCAGCAAAGAGAAUUUAUGAUUCAGUGACAUGGUCAGCACUUUUGACUCUGGGUAGGGUUUCUUUCUGCCCACAGUGGAGCAAUUUAAAAACCCAAGUACUCUGAUUUCCUGGGUUAUUUGUGAGCCAGGUGGCCUUGUGCAUGGCUCAGCAUGGCCCGCUUUCAGCCUGGCAGUGAGGACUGCAGGGGCUGAGCUAUGGGCAUUCUGGCAGCUCUGUGCGUGGCUGGAUGUACCACGGCCUUGGGCACACUCAGGCCCAGGCCCUGAUGGCGGCACGUCCAUCUGUGCCCUUCAGCUGGCGGGGAACCUGCUGGACAAGCUGGUGCUUCUGUGCUGCUGCCCACAGGACGCCCACACGAUUGGAUUGUCCUCGUGAGGCCCAGUGGCCGGUGGGAAUGCGUGAGAAGGAUCAGUCUUGCCAUUGUCAACCCUUUUUACAGGAUUUGGCUUGGCAAGGCCGUUUUCCUCUGCAGCUGGGAGAGUGAUAUUCACAUAUAUUCAGUUGUUGGAGCCCCGGGUCUGUGACUAAUUUACUAUUAUUAAAUCACUGAUGUUCUAUAUCGUUCAAUUCCAAGCCCUUGGAUUGAGCACCUGCUGUGUCUUUGCCACUGUGGUAGGUACUGUGGUGGCUGCUGCUUUUAUAGCUUUACUUCCAGCACUUCGCUGUGUUCAUUCGCUUAAUCCUCAGAGCAGCUCUGUGAGGCUGCCACCACCUUACUCCCGUUUUAUAGAAGAGCAGCAGCACCUGCUAAGUAAGAGUGAAGCCAGCUGCCCAGGGCGACGGCUUUAUCUGGGAUGCCACCCUCCUGGUCUGGCUCAGCCGCCUUCCAGAAGCUCACAGGAUAGUUGAUAGCACUUCCCUCUUUCCUAGGAAUUUUGCAAAGGAAAUUUUAUUUCCCCAUUUCAUUUUAUUUUUAUUUGUGAAAAGGUAAUGCACGUAGUUCAAAGUUGACAAGGAUGCAGAGGAAAAGUGAAUCAUCCCAUGGCAUCCCCAGGCACGUGGUGUAUCACCCUAGAUACAGUGUGUUUUCGUACAACUUCCUUAAAUUCUAAGCAAAUACAAGUAAAUAUACCUACAUUUAUUUUUCCUUUUUAAAAUACAAAUGGUACUUCCUGUAUUCCGUUCUGUACCUUUCUUUCUUUUUUUUUGAGAUGAGGUCUCACUCUGUCACCCAGGCUGUAGUGCAGUGGUGUGAUCUCAGCUCACUGUAAACCUCCUCCCCCGAGCUCAAGUGAUCCUCCUUCCUCAGCCUCCCAAGUAGCUGGGACCACAGAUGUGCGCCACCAUGCCCGGCUAACUUUUUGUAUUUUUGGUAGAGUCGGGGUUUCACCAUGUUGGCCAGGCUGGUUUCAAACUCCUGAGCUCAGGUGAUCUGCCCGCCUCAACCUCCCAAAGUGCUGGGAUUACAGGUGUAGCCACCAUGCCCGGCUCUGUACCUUGCUUUUCAAAAAAAUUUAGGCAGUAUGUCUUAUCGAUCAUUCAUGUUAUUACAUGAAGAAAAUUUUAUUGUUCUUAAGACCUCAAGGUGUUUCUUUAUAUGAAUGAGCCGUCAUUUAUUGAGUGAGGCCGUGAUUGAUGAACAUUUAGACUUUUCCCAGUCAUUUGCUGUUAUAGACACUGCUACAGUGAAUAACCUCAUUUUUUUCAUGUACAGGUAUGUCUGUAGAAUAGUUCCUAGAAGUGGAAUUCCUGAUCCAAAGUCGUAUGUUGAAAGUUAUUUAAAACCCAAUUACAUGUUGUUUACAAAAAAGUGCACUCUAAGCAUAAAGACGUAAACAGGUUGCACGUAGAAGGGUGGAAAAAUAUAAACCAUGUACAUACUAAGCAAAGAAAGCUUUGCAUCUAUACUAGUAUCAGAAAAAGUAGAUUUCAAGGUGAAGAGUAUUCCCAGAAAUAAAGGGGCACCUCAUAAAGACAGUGAUCAUCAAGGAAACGUAACAAUCCCUAAACGUGUAUGCACUUGUGCUAGGGGCCUCCAAGACCACCUCCCAGGUUUGAAGAGUCUCUAAGAGGACUCACAUGACUCAGCAUAUAGUCAUACUCUCAGCUAAGGUUGAUGGCAGCAGAAGGAUACAGAGCAAGAUCAGCAAAGGGAGGAGGCAUAUGGGGGAUGUCUGAGGGAAGAGGGUACAAGCUUCCAAGAGUCCUCUCUCAGUUGAGUCACACGGGAUGCGUUUGAUUCCUCCAGCAAUGAAUCGUAACAACACACGUGAAAUGUUGUGUAGCAUGUCCAAAAUUCCAGACUCUCAGAAGGGAAACACGUAUUUAGCAUAAGCCACAGUACAUAAACAGUUUAGGCACAGUGAGCUCCUCUUACCAGUUAGGUGGUAGGAACUCUCUUGAAAUCUGAGUUCCCAGACUCCAGCAAAAGGCCAGACUUCUAAGCUGGUCUUUCAAAGCAUAACAGUAAGGUCUGUUCUGAUAACUCUUUUGUACAAAAGACCAAAAUUGGACAGAACUAAAGGGAACUGUAUUCAGAUUCAUAAUCAUGGUUGGAGACUUUUAACUCUUCUUCUCUCAAUUAUUGAAAAAACAGAUAGAUCAAAACACUCAUAGGGAUUUGGAAGCUCUGAAGAAUACCGUCAGUCACCUUGUCAUCUCUUAACGCUGCUCCCAAGAAAGCUAGAGUACACAUUCUUCCCAAGUGUACCAUCAAUCACCCUGUCAUCUCUUAAACACCACUCCCAACAAAGCUAGAGAACACGUUCUUCCCAAGUUCAUAUGGAACAGUCACCAAGAUAGACCGUAUGCUGGGCCAUUAAAAUGUCCCAAUAAGUUUCAAAGGACCCAAAUUAUAGAGUAUGUUUAUCGACUACUGUGCUUUUAAGUUAGAAAUAAGUAAUAUGAGAUCUAGAAAAUCCUGAAAUAGGAAAUUAACAUACUGGAUCAAAGAAGAAUUAAUAGGGAAAUUAGAAAAUAAUUUGAACUGAGUAAUGGAAGAAAAUAUACAGAUUUAUAGGAUAUAACUAAUACAGUUCUUUGAGGGAAAUGUGUAGCUUUACAUGACUAUAUUAGAAAAGAAGAAGGUAUAAAAUCAGUGACCUCUGUUUCCUCCUUAACAACCUAAAUAAAGGAACAAAUUAGAUACAAAGUAACUAGAAGGAAGAAAAUGGUAAAUACAGUUAUGCAUGGUUCCUUGACAGUGCGGACAGAUUCUGAGAAAUGGUGUUAGGUGAUUUUGUCAUUGUGCAAACAUCAUAGGAUGUACUUACAUAAACCUAGAGGGUAGAGCCUGCCUCACACCUGGGCUCCAUGGUAUAGCCCGUUGCUUCUAGGCUACAAACCUGUAUGGCACAUUACUGUACUGAAUACCAUUGGCAAUUGUAACACAACGGUAUAUCAAACAUAGAAAAAACAGUAAAAAUAUAGUAUUACAAUCUUAAGGGGCCAGUCGUAUAUACAGUCUGUUGCUGAUCGAAAUGUCAUUAUGUUACACGUGACUGUAUAUGAGCAGAAAUCAGUAAAGGACAAAUAAUAGAGAAAAUCAGCAAAGCUAGAAGUUGAUUCUCUGAAAAGAUUGAUAAAAUUGAUCAAGACAAAAAAAAAAAAAGAGAAAACACAGACUACCAGUAUUAAAAUGAAAGAAGCAUCAUGAUAACGUACGCUACAGAGGUUGAAAGCAUAAUGUUGAAUUUUAUCAGAUACUAAAGGAAGAAAUAAGACGAAUUCUAGACAAACUCAGAAAAUAGAGGAGGAGGGAACACUUCCCAGCUCAUUUUUUGAGGCCACCAUAAUUCUGAUACCCAGUCAAGGGCACUACAAAAAAAAGUACAGACUUGUAUCCCUCAUGAAUAUUAACACAGCAGCCCUGAAAAUAUUAGGACAGCAAAGCCAGCAAUAUGUAUAAAAGAUGGGGUAUUAGGAUCAAGUGGGGCUUAUUGCAGGAAUGCAAUGUUGUUUUAUUUACAAAGAUCAAUCAAAAUACAGUAUUUAAAAGAAGAUAAAUAGAAUUCAUAUAAAUUCUAUAAAUAGAGUUUGGAAAUAGAUGAUGGUUUGGUAUAGAUAGUCUUAUAAGUUUGUAGAAUUUUAGUUGUUUUGAGAAUUGAUAGCUUUAGAUAAUGGCCAAAGCUUGCUUCCCUGUGAAAGGUGUUGGCUGAAGAAUAUCACAUGCUGGUUUUGAAUUCAGGGCACUUUAUUAAUGAUUUUAGUACAUUUCUUUUACUGUCCCAUUUACUUUUUUUGUUUAAUUUUACCAUGAUCAUUGCUUAUAUUUCUUUAUUUUGGGAUGAGUAUUUCAACUCCGUUUGAUAUGUAUUGGGCACCACGAUAUGUUAGGAACCAUGCAGAUGACAGAGUUGACUCUGCCCUAUACUGUGUCUUCAGGAAGCUCUCAGUGGAUUCUUAUUUGAAUAGACUGGGUGUGAAGUAGCAUAGAGGUGGCGGGAGGGUGGUUAGGAUCUGGCAUUCUGGAAAGAAGCCCAAGCCAGCGACGGUCCUGGGAGCCACGGGAUCCUGCCUGAGGAUGGCCUCCUGAGAGUGCAGGAGAGGAGGAGGAGGAGGUGGCGGUGCUGGGGGAACCCAGGCAGUCCCGGGUGAGGAGGGGCACGUGCAGAAGCUUUGCCUAGGCCCCAGGGACAGAGCAGGGAACAGACUAUUCCAGGCUCGCGUCCUCACAGAGCUCACGUUGUAGAUGGGGGCGGCAGACAGUCAACAUGGAAAAGCCAGGGGAUUGCUCUGGGGAGAGAUGAGGCAGGCUCAGAGGGCAGGUCUGGAUGCGGGAGGAGCUGAGGAGGAAGAGGGACUGAGGGGAAGAGGGAAGAGGACAGGGAGGUAGCGUGGUAAUGGGAGCUGGGGGCCAGGCCCCGGCGCGUGGUGAUGGGAGCUGGGCUUGGAGUCUUCAGACCUGCUCUGCCCACCUUCCCUGUCCCCGUGGAUAACACCACCUCCCUCCAGGUUGCUUCACUUGAGAUGCGAGAGUCAGUACUGGGCCUGGGAGGGCUGGGCCGACCUAGGCAGCUGGCCCUUCCCACUUCUCUCCCUUCGUGACCACGCAGCCACUCCUGCGAAGCAGCAGAGCCCAGCGGUGCCUGCUUCCUGUCACCCUCCCUGCCCCUCCCUGUCUCGCCUCCUAAUUGGCCCCUGCUUCCACUCCCGCCCCCACAUGGCAGCUGUGGGAAUUUUCUUAAAUCCCGAACCAGAUUGUGUCAUUUCUGCUUAGAAUCUCUCCCUGGCCUCUCUGCAUGAUUGGAGUGAGAGCCCAGCUUCUCCUCGCGCUGUGAGGCCUGCCUGAACGCUCUUGCGCCUGGUGCUCAUUCCUUCUCUCCUCCCUGGCCCAGCCUGCUGCAGUCCGGUGGGCUUUCUGCUUAGAAUGUACCUGGGAUUGGUUUCCAUUAGAGAUGGUGAGGCCAGCGGAUCAGGAGACGACUGCAGCUGAGACCCUGUCUGUUACUCAGGGCUCCCAAGACGAGGGGGCAUGCUGGAGGUGCUGUCAGAGGUUGAAUGCCAUCUGCGAGUGUCUUUAUUUGAUGUCACCUACCGGCACUUCUUUGGGAGGACAUGGAAAACCACAGUGAAGCCGACAAAGAGACUGCCGUCCAGGAUCGUCUUUAAUGAGCCCUUGUAUUUUCACACAUCCCUAAACCACCCUCAUAUCGUGGCUGUGGUGGAAGUGGUCGCUGAGGGCAAGAAACGGGAUGGGAGCCUCCAGACAUUGUCCUGUGGGUUUGGAAUUCUUCGGAUCUUCAGCAACCAGCCGGACUCUCCUAUCUCUGCUUCCCAGGACAAAAGGUUGCGGCUGUACCAUGGCACCCCCAGAGCCCUCCUGCACCCGCUUCUCCAGGACCCCGCAGAGCAAAACAGACACAUGACCCUCAUUGAGAACUGCAGCCUGCAGUACACACUGAAGCCACACCCGGCCCUGGAGCCUGCGUUCCACCUUCUUCCUGAGAACCUUCUGGUGUCUGGUCUGCAGCAGAUACCUGGCCUGCUUCCAGCUCAUGGAGAAUCUGGCGACGCUCUCCGAAAGCCUCGCCUCCAGAAGCCCAUCACGGGGCACUUGGAUGACUUAUUCUUCACCCUGUACCCCUCCCUCGAGAAGUUUGAGGAAGAGCUGCUGGAGCUCCACGUCCAGGACCACUUCCAGGAGGGAUGUGGCCCACUGGACGGUGGUGCCCUGGAGAUCCUGGAGCGGCGCCUGCGUGUGGGCGUGCACAACGGUCUGGGCUUCGUGCAGAGGCCGCAGGUCGUUGUACUGGUGCCUGAGAUGGAUGUGGCCUUGACGCGCUCAGCUAGCUUCAGCAGGAAAGUGGUCUCCUCUUCCAAGACCAGCUCCGGGAGCCAAGCUCUGGUUUUGAGAAGCCGCCUCCGCCUCCCAGAGAUGGUUGGCCACCCUGCAUUUGCAGUCAUCUUCCAGCUGGAGUACGUGUUCAGCAGCCCUGCAGGAGUGGACGGCAAUGCAGCUUCGGUCACCUCUCUGUCCAACCUGGCAUGCAUGCACAUGGUCCGCUGGGCUGUUUGGAACCCCUUGCUGGAAGCUGAUUCUGGAAGGGUGACCCUGCCUCUGCAGGGCGGGAUCCAGCCCAACCCCUCGCACUGUCUGGUCUACAAGGUACCCUCAGCCAGCAUGAGCUCUGAAGAGGUGAAGCAGGUGGAGUCGGGUACACUCCGGUUCCAGUUCUCGCUGGGCUCAGAAGAACACCUGGAUGCACCCACGGAGCCUGUCAGUGGCCCCAAAGUGGAGCGGCGGCCUUCCAGGAAACCACCCAUGUCCCCUUCGAGCCCGCCAGCACCAGUACCUCGAGGUCUCACUGCCCCGCAGAACUCACCUGUGGGACCAGGGUUGUCAAUUUCCCAGCUGGCGGCCUCCCCGCGGUCCCCGACUCAGCACUGCUUGGCCAGGCCUACUUCACAGCUACCCCAUGGCUCUCAGGCCUCCCCGGCCCAGGCACAGGAGUUCCCGUUGGAGGGCGGUAUCUCCCACCUGGAAGCCGACCUGAGCCAGACCUCCCUGGUCCUGGAAACAUCUAUUGCCGAACAGUUACAGGAGCUGCCGUUCACGCCUUUGCAUGCCCCUAUUGUUGUGGGAACCCAGACCAGGAGCUCUGCAGGGCAGCCCUCGAGAGCCUCCAUGGUGCUCCUGCAGUCUUCCGGCUUUCCCGAGAUUCUGGAUGCCAAUAAACAGCCAGCCGAGGCCGUCAACCCUACAGACCCUGUGACGUUUAACCCUCAGAAGGAAGAAUCAGAUUGUCUACAAAGCAACGAGAUGGUGCUACAGUUUCUUGCCUUUAGCAGAGUGGCCCAGGACUGCCGAGGAACAUCAUGGCCAAAGACUGUGUAUUUCACCUUCCAGUUCUACCGCUUCCCACCCGCAACGACGCCACGACUGCAGCUGGUCCAGCUGGAUGAGGCCGGCCAGCCCUGCUCUGGCGCCCUGACCCACAUCCUCGUGCCUGUGAGCAGAGAUGGCACCUUUGAUGCUGGGUCUCCUGGCUUCCAGCUGAGGUACAUGGUGGGCCCUGGGUUCCUGAAGCCAGGUGAGCGGCGCAGCUUCGCCUGCUACCUGGCCGUGCAGACCCUGCAGAUUGACGUCUGGGACGGAGACUCCCUGCUGCUCAUCGGAUCUGCUGCCGUCCAGAUGAAGCAUCUCCUCCGCCAAGGCCGGCCGGCUGUGCAGGCCUCCCACGAGCUUGAGGUUGUGGCAACUGAAUACGAGCAGGACAACAUGGUGGUGAGUGGAGACAUGCUGGGGUUUGGCCGCGUCAAGCCCAUCGGCGUCCACUUGGUGGUGAAGGGCCGGCUGCACCUGACUUUGGCCAAUGUGGGUCACCCGUGUGAACAGAAAGUGAGAGGUUGUAGCACAUUGCCACCGUCCAGAUCUCGGGUCAUCUCAAACGAUGGAGCCAGCCGCUUCUCUGGAGGCAGCCUCCUCACGACUGGAAGCUCAAGGCGAAAACACGUGGUGCAAGCACAGAAGCUGGCGGACGUGGACAGUGAGCUGGCUGCCAUGCUACUGACCCAUGCCCGGCAGGGCAAGGGGCCCCAGGACGUCAGCCGUGAGUCAGAUGCCACCCGCAGGCGUAAGCUGGAGCGGAUGAGGUCUGUGCGCCUGCAGGAGGCCGGGGGAGAGUUGGGCCGGCGCGGGACGAGUGUGUUGGCGCAGCAGAGCGUCCGCACACAGCACUUGCGGGACCUACAGGUCAUCGCCGCCUACCGGGAACGCACGAAGGCCGAGAGCAUCACCAGCCUGCUGAGCCUGGCCAUCACCACGGAGCACACGCUCCACGCCACGCUGGGGGUCGCCGAGUUCUUUGAGUUUGUGCUUAAGAACCCCCACAACACACAGCACACGGUGACCGUGGAGAUCGACAACCCCGAGCUCAGCGUCAUCGUGGACAGUCAGGAGUGGAGGGACUUCAAGGGUGCUGCUGGCCUGCACACACCGGUGGAGGAGGCCAUGUUCCACCUGCGCGGCAGCCUGGCCCCCCAGCUCUACCUGCGCCCCCACGAGACCGCCCACGUCCCCUUCAAGUUCCAGAGCUUCUCUGCAGGGCAGCUGGCCAUGGUGCAGGCCUCUCCUGGGUUGAGCAACGAGAAGGGCGUGGACGCCGUGUCACCUUGGAAGUCCAGCGCAGUGCCCACUAAACACGCCAAGGUCUUGUUCCGAGCGAGUGGUGGCAAGCCCAUCGCCGUGCUCUGCCUGACUGUGGAGCUGCAGCCCCACGUGGUGGACCAGGUCUUCCGCUUCUAUCACCCGGAGCUCUCCUUCCUGAAGAAGGCCAUCCGCCUGCCGCCCUGGCACACAUUUCCAGGUGCUCCGGUGGGAAUGCUUGGUGAGGACCCCCCAGUCCACGUUCGCUGCAGCGACCCAAACGUCAUCUGUGAGACCCAGAAUGUGGGCCCUGGGGAGCCACGGGACAUAUUUCUGAAGGUGGCCAGUGGUCCGAGCCCGGAGAUCAAAGACUUCUUUGUUAUCAUUUACUCGGAUCGCUGGCUGGCGACACCCACACAGACGUGGCAGGUCUACCUCCACUCCCUGCAGCGCGUGGAUGUCUCCUGCGUCACAGGCCAGCUGACCCGCCUGUCCCUUGUCCUUCGGGGGACACAGACAGUGAGGAAAGUGAGAGCUUUCACCUCGCAUCCCCAGGAGCUGAAGACAGACCCCAAAGGUGUCUUCGUGCUGCCGCCUCGUGGGGUGCAGGACCUGCAUGUUGGCGUGAGGCCCCUCAGGGCCGGCAGCCGCUUUGUCCAUCUCAACCUGGUGGACGUGGAUUGCCACCAGCUGGUGGCCUCCUGGCUCAUGUGCCUCUCCUGCCGCCAGCCGCUCAUCUCCAAGGCCUUUGAGAUGACGUUGGCUGCGGGCGAAGGGAAGGGUGUCAACAAGAAGAUCACCUACACCAACCCCUACCCCUCCCGGAGGACAUUCUACCUGCACAGCGACCACCCGGAGCUGCUGCGGUUCAGGGAGGACUCCUUCCAGGUCGGGGGUGGAGAGACCUACACCAUCGGCCUGCAGUUUGCGCCUAGUCAGAGAGUGGGGGAGGAGGAGAUCCUGAUCUACAUCAAUGACCACGAGGACAAAAACGAAGAGGCAUUUUGCGUGACGGUCACCUACCAGUGAGGGCUCGAGGGUGACGUCCUUCCUGCGGCACCCGGCCGGGGCCUGUCUGUGCCCCUCCUGCCCCGCAGGCCGUCCUCCCCGCCUCUCUGCAGCCUUUCACUUCAGUGCCCACCUGGCUGACCUGUGCACUUGGCUGAGGAAGCAGAGACCGAGCGCUGGUCAUUUUGUAGUAUCUGCGUCCAGCUUAGCUGCUGCUGACACCCAGCAGGCCUGGGUUCCGUGAGCAGGAACUCUGUGGCGGUGGGUCUGGCUCUGGUGCCGCCAUCUAUGCAUGUGGGACCCUCGUUAUCUCCUCGUUAUCUGUGUUGCUCAAAAUGUAUUUUAUGAAUCAUCCUAAAUGAGAAAAUUAUGUUUUUCUUACUGGAUUUUGUACAAACAUAAUCUAUUAUUUGCUAUGCAAUAUUUUAUGCUGGUAUUAUAUCUGUUUUUUAAAUUGUUGAACAAAAUACUAAACUUUUACACGUC